AUGGCAAGAAAAAGCAAAAGCCCGCCUUCUAAAAGCAGACGUUCACCUAUAAGGUGGACUGCUCAGGAAGAUGGAAUUCUCUUCAAGACCGUCCACGCCUGCACAAUCCGUGGGGAAGGCCAGUCUCUUCCAUCGGACCCCAAGCAAGCCAGAAAAGAUACCAUCGCAUGGAAGCUGGUCGCACAGUCAUUGCCAGGGAGGACGAACAGAGAUUGCCGCAAGAGAUGGUUCAAGAUCGACCGACGCUGGGUGCAAGGGCCUUGGGUACCAGAUGAAGAGACGCGGUUAAGGGAAGCUGUUGCAAUAUACGGACCUGAUGAAACGUCGAUUUGCUGGCAGCAAAAUCCUGUUCCAUGGCAGCCUGAACUUCCACAGGUAGUGACCAUAUUCGGCCAGCAAGUCAUGAAAGAAAUGACCACAUUGAACCCCACCAUCGUUCCACAUGAGAAUUCUGUGAUGCUUGAUAUCUAUCAACCACCAUUUGGGCAACCCACCAGCGAUUACCAAGCCAUAUGUGGCAACGAUUGUACUGAACAGAGCGCUGAUCCACGCAAUAGCGACAACGUCUCCCAAAUCUCAGCGUCAUACAUGGGACCGAUUCAUGAAGAGUCACGAUAUGUUCAGAUACGAGAUUCAUCAUUGGGUUAUGGGACGUUAGGUCCGGGCUGUAGCUCUAUGGCCGUGGUCGACAGUGUUGCAGAUCAACAACUGGGCCAGAUAGUAGGGUAUAUGCGACAACAAGGGAUCCAAGCUACUAUCCAUGUACGUUGA